AUGUCUACUCAGCACAACUACCUCGAGGAGGAGGAAGACUUCUCGGAGUUCAACAACAACCCCCUCUACAAGCGCGUCUCUGACCUGACUGAUCAUCAGCGAAAGCAUGCUUGCCCGCCUCCUCCCCUCCCUAAUCCUCGUCGAGACAACGGCCCCCACGUCGUCAGCCGAAAGUCUCACCACAAGCACCAUGUU